AUGCACGUCGUCAUUUUCGGCGCCUCUGGCGCGAUGGGCCAAGCUAUUGCCCGCCGCUUUCUGGCGGUCUACCCAUCCUCUACACUUGUUCUCUACGUCCGCGACGCGAGCAAGCUGCCUCUUGAUAUUACCCAAGACCGUUCAGUUAUCGUCAUUGAGGGACAGCUCGACGAGAUGGACAAUAUUUCCAAGGCAUUGGAAGGAUGUGUGGACGCUGUCAUUUCUGCCCUUGGUCCUACGGGUCGUAAAGGCCCGCUUUACCCUUCCAACAAGCCGAUUGCAACUGCCUAUACCCGCAUAAUAUCAGUAAUGAAGCACCGGGGCAUCAAGCGACUCAUUGCGCUCACAACACCUUCUGUUCGCGACCCUAGCGACCAAUUCCACCUUCCCCUUGUCUUUCUGAGGGCAGCUUUCGCGACGCUGGCGAGGAAUGUCGUCAAAGAUAUUAUCGCGGUCGGGGAAGCUGUAAAGAACGAUGGUGCCGAGCUAGACUGGACCCUCAUUCGAUUGGCUUUACAGACAAAAAGUCAUCCGACGCAAGAGACGGUCACCAGUCUGCCAGUCCAUACUGCUCCCCAGGCAGUGCUCAUGCAUGACAGCUUUGGCUCAUGGAAGGGUAGUAUCAGCAUGAAGAGCCUGACCCCCAGCGAGCCAAAAGAGGAGGUUAUUGCUGGGUAUAUGGGUGAUGGGCGGACGAGGGCUUGCUCGUCACGGGGCGGGGCGGCGGCGUUCAUUAUCGAUGAGCUGGAGAGACGGGAAUGGGUGAAGAAGGCGCCGAUAUUGAGUUGA